CCGAUCUUGAUUUUUUAUAGUGUACAAAUUCCGGAGCAUAAAAACAGAGGAAUUCUUUGUUUAUAAAUCACCGCAGAAGAACCGGGAGUCCUCAGUCUGCCACCUGUUGAGCAUAAUUCCAACGCAACAACAUAAUGGACAAAUUACGCCGCGUUCUGAGUGGAGAUGAGCCCACUCCGGAAGAGGAGAGCAGUAUCAUUACACAGAUUAACGAGAUGUCUACUUUGAGUUGGUCCACUCGCAUCAAGGGAUUUUGCAUUUGCUUUGUGCUGGGCAUUUUACUUUCCCUACUCGGUUCGGUUGCCCUAUUUCUGCACAAGGGAAUUGUGGUCUUUGCGGUCUUCUACACCCUAGGAAACAUCAUCUCGAUGGCCAGUACUUGCUUCCUGAUGGGGCCCUUCAAGCAGAUCAAGAAAAUGUUUGCGGAAACCCGGCUGAUAGCCACCAUCGUCGUUCUGGUGAUGAUGGUCCUCACGUUUAUAGCAGCUAUAGUGUGGAAAAAGGCUGGACUCACGCUUAUAUUCAUUAUCAUACAAUCUCUGGCCAUGACCUGGUACUCGCUGUCGUACAUCCCCUAUGCCCGCGAUGCGGUCAAGAAAACCGUGUCCACAUUCCUCGAGGUCUAAAAUCAAUCGCGCUUCUGUACAUAACUUGAGAAAAGCUAGUUUGAACUAACUUAAGCUAAGACAAUUAAAUCGUGUGUAUUAAUCUAGCACUAGAACAUAGCCAAGUCCUUUGUAUUCUCUUAUUAACAACUAUAUUUUGGUUUGUCUUUUUAAUAAAUAUAUAUAUAUAUA